GAUCUCGUACAGGGCUUGUUCCAAGAUCAGGGCCUAAAUAUGCCCUGCAGAGUGAUUGCUAAGGUGUGUUACAAGCAUGAUUGUAUCCUGGAUUACAGAUUUAACCACAUUGAUCAUUCAAGUCCAUUAACUGCUUAAAUGAGAUGGACUCCUCUCUUCUUGGGCCCAUACUAGUCCCAGAGGUACAGGCCCUCUUACAGUUUGCCCCUUCCUAAAUUAUACAUAUCAUUGUCUUUUUCAGUUUCACAGAUACAAAUGCAGUGGUCACCAGCACCUUAAACAAGAGGCCACCAAAUGAUGAUUGCAGUAUUGCGGAAAUGGACUCCCUCAAUAACCUCCCAUCACCAGUCUUCCUUUCUUCCUCACUACACAACCAGGUCUAGGUUCCUUAGCUUCUGGGACCUCCAAGAGAAUGUAGAAGACUGCAACAUGGAAAAAAAAUCCCAUUAUGUUAAGAAAGACCUGAUCCUGAGAGAAAUGCCUCCUGCCCUGGUGGUGAUACUGCUUCUGGCGGUCCUGCUCCUGAACCUCCUCCUUUAUCUGUACCUCAGUAGUUUUUAUGUGUCCUCCAGCCAUCUGGAUUUGGACCCCAAUCUCUGCCCCUCUGGGUACUUCAGACUAGGGCCUCUAAAAAAUUGUUCGCCGUGGCUGUCUUGCGAAGCCAUAGAUAAAGAAGUCAGGAAGCUGAAAUGUGUUGGUGAAGGAGCUGUAAAAAAGGUCUUUCUUUCAGAGUGGAAGGAAAGCAAAGUUGCCCUUUCACAACUCACCAACUCGGAGCUGGAGAACGACUUUCUCCAUGGACUGAAGAUGCUAAAAGCUCUACAGAGCAAGCAUGUUGUGAAAUUGCUUGGCUAUUGCAAAAAGCAGUACACGAUCCUAACGGAGUAUCACCCACUAGGCUCCCUGAAGAGUCUGAACGAAACAUUGGACCUCCCCAAGUACAAGGGCUUGAAUACAUGGCAUCAUAGAUUCAUACUUGCCAUAGACUACGUGAGAAUCCUUCACUAUUUGCACGACAGUCCCUUGGGCACCUUAGUGAUGUGCGAUUCCAACGACCUGGAUAAGGUGCUGUCACAAUAUUUGCUGACGAGUGACUUUCAUAUCGUGGUGAAUGAUUUGGAUGCCUUGCCUCUUGUGAACCGGAGUGCUGGCAGACUGGUAAAGUGUGGUCAUCGGGAACUCCAGGGUGAGUUUGUAGCUCCUGAACAGCUUUGGCCAUAUGGGGAGGAAGUGCCAUUUGAUGAUGACCUCAUGCCUCCAUAUGAUGAGAAAACAGACAUAUGGAAAAUUCCUGACGUCUCCAAUUUCUUGUUGGGGCAUAUUGAAGGCAGUGAUAUUGUCAGGCUGCAUUUGUUUGACAUCCACAUGGAGUGCAAGAAGAGGAACCCAGUGGAAAGGCCUUCUGCCCAAAUAGUUCUGGACACAUACAGAAAAAUUUUGACAUCCCUGAUCAGAGAAGUCGCCAUGCCUGGAACAAGAGAAAUGUUGUAAACAAUUGUGAGAGAGGGGCUUCUGCAGAGCUUUGGCCCUGUGGGGAGGAGGUGCCAUUGGAUGAUGAUGUCAUGUGUCAGUAUUAUGAGAACACUGACAUGGGAAAUUCCUGAUGUCUCCAAUUCUGUGGACUUACUGUGGUUGACAUCCCUUUUAUUUAUUUAGCACCAAAAAUGUACAGAGUGACAAAGGGUCAUAAGGAUCCUGUCCCAGAGAACUAAGGAGACAAAACCAACACUAAAAGGGUUGAAAAAAUGGCAAGGUGGUUUUGUGACUAUUUUUGGAUUUUUUUAACCAAAAGCCCAGUAUGGGAGAGUUCUCAGCACUACUACUUUUUUUCCAUUAUGUCACCAAAAAAAGGUUGGGGUGGGA